AUGUCGUCCAUUCGGAGUUUGCUCAGCAUCACCGAAGUGAAUGCUGAGAAGAAGGCCAAGUUCUUCGAUAAGCUGGCAGAGGCUUUUCGACUUGUGAGAACUGAGGAGCAUAUGGAAAUCAUCGAGGAAGUCAUCGCCUUGUACAACUUCAAAGAGCAGGCGAUCAAGAAACUACCUGGCAUUCAGCGGAUUUUUGAGAUGGUAUCUGAGUAUUGGAGUUUCUGGAGUAUGAAAGAAGAAGCUAUGAAUAGCAGCGCAACUGCCGAUGCCCCUGAGUUGGACCGUGCUCGAGAAAAACUUGUGAACCUUCUUCACGACGAGUACUGA